AUGCUCAAGUACAAUGCCACUCAAUGGUUCAUCAAAGCAUUCGACAGUGUCUACACUGAUACCAUUGGCCAUGCCCACGAUUCUCUUGCUCUCUCCGACAUACUAUUCGAAUCAAUCAGUUGUAACAAUAUACAAGCAUUCCAACAUAUACUCAAACAUACAAACGGGAUAGUCCCAUUUAAUGUACAACCAAACAAUGUGGACAAACUAUUGGAUCUACUCAAUCAUGGCAAUGUGGACAUGCUCAAAGCCUUACUCUUGAUGAAUGCCCACCGCUCAUUACCAACGGAUAGCUCGCAACUCGCCCGUGCCAUCGACUCGGGUAACGUAGGCUUUGUUCGAUUGAUGCUCCAGCAUCACUGCUUCGAACGCCAUCAAGUUGAGCAUUUACUUGACGGUGGAGAGGAGGAGGAUGAGGACGACGAGGAGGAGGACCCCAACACAUUCAGUCGUCAUGGCGUCAGUGUUGAGAUGCUCAAGAUGCUGCACGAAGAGUUUGACCGACUGUACUCCGACACGGACUUGUUGAAGAUGCUACUGGAGCACUCAAUCCGAUGCAACAUUCCAGAGAGUGUACAAUACAUCAUCGAGAACAUUCCACCAAAAGCAAACACCUUCGCGCUGAAGAAGUCUUGCGCGGGAUACAUCAAGUACCUUGGCAAGCAUGGCAAUGUCAACAUCUUCAACACUCUAUGUUCCAAAUCAUGGAUGGUGUCAGAACUCCUCAAACCCAACAGACUCUCCACAUUGAUUGUGGAUGCAGCCAACAAUGGACAUGUUGAUUUUAUCAGGUGCAUAUACAACUCUGGCCACAAGCCCAUUGAUGCAAACAACAAGACACUGAUCCAUAGCUUCUUUGAUGAUGUACCCGGCACAUUGACUAAGUUCCGUGUCACUCCCUUGGUCUCCAUUCGCAACAAUGACCUUGAGCUGGCCAACAGACUGAUCACACAGGUGCGCGACAUUGACGUGGAGCUCUGGAUGAACAUGUCUGAAUCAAUGAUCGCCCUGAUCACCAACCAGCGUGCUCCUCCGCUUCGAUUCUUUCGAAGCUCUAUCACUCAUAUGCUGGAUGCCUUCAAGAGCGAACAAAGCAAUAUAACCGAGGAACACAUUCACAAGUUCAUUGACAACACGCAGUUUGUCGAGGCAGAGAAUGAAUAUAAUGGAGGCACUCGAGAGAAAUACACUGCGCUUACGGUGGCAGCUAGUAUAUCUCCAUCGAUCAUGCGACACAUUCAACAAUCAUUCAAACUUGAACAAUUUUCUCAAAGCGUCCUUUUGAGUGCGCUGGACUCCAAGAACAUGGAUACACUUGCGAUUAUACUUGAACAGACACCGGUGUCUCAUAUCGACUGGGUUGGCUGGCGCACCAUCACACUAGCCCCAUUGACCUUUGUUAAGAUGGUGUUGGAGAACACUCCCAGUUUGCGAGAGUACUAUCGCGUCAUUGAUUGGGCAUUCAAGAACUCAUUGGAGGUGUUCCAUUAUGUGAUUGAGCUGCUACCAUCAAAGAACCAAUACUUUGUUGACAACAUGAUCUCCCUCAUCAAUCAAGCCUACACACGGAACAUGCCAUCCACAUUGCCAACACUGUAUCAACGAUGCAGAGACAAUAGUAUCCCCAUACCAAAGGUACCUCUUGGUACACUGCAAACCUGCUCGAUCCAAAACUGCUACAAGUCACUGGAGUAUUACUUCGAGUCAACAGAGUUCAAUUCCAUGACCAACUCAAUUAAGUUAAGCACAUUGUACAACAUCAAUCAUCUAGCAUAUAUCUAUGGUAAUAUUCACAUCAUCAGACUGUGCAACUCAAAGAUCAAACACAUUCGAUCAAAAAUGCAUAUUGUACAUGUAGAUGAUGCUGUUGUCGACAGGGUCAUCCAGACACAUCCAAGAAUGGAGACAGCUAUACACAGAGUUUUCUCGGACAAGAAGAUAUGUUUGCUCAUCAUGGAACAUGUUGGACAUGUUCACAACUCACUCCAGAUUGGUGAUCGACAUCGCAUCAAAGGAGGCAAGCUACUCUCGUCAAAAAGUCUGUUGAAAUACAUCAAGUAUGGCGCAACAGAAUGGUUCAUCAAGGCCUACUCCAAAGUGCCAUACCCUCCCAACUCAGAGCUACUCAUCUCCUCAUUCAGAUGGCCCAAUCUCACCAUUAUUGAUACAUUGCUCAACAGUGGAUCUGUAUUUAUCGAUCACUACCCAUUGCAAUUGAUUGAUAUAAUGGAGGCACUAUCAUCAUGUGCCAUCCCUGGAUGGGAGAGGAUCUUGGAUCAAUACCUGUCCCUCGUCAAUCACCAAACAUCACCAGUUUAUGAGAUGACAAGUGAUGACCUACAAGAGUUCAUCCAUCCAUCAUUCAUUCGCCGGCUGCUCACACUUGGAUUCGUUCUUCCUCGUGUAAACGCCGGCAACUUCAAUCAGCAAAGCAUUGUUGAUGCUUGGCUUACCAAACCAUGGGCAUUGGAGAUGUUCAUACUGCUGCGUGAACAAUCACUCAUUGACCAAGCUGUCGAAAAGUAUUUGGCUAUCGCGGCCAUCAAGAACAAUGUACCGUCCAUUUUUAAAUACUACAUGGACCAGUGUAUACAUUCAGCACCAUCAUCAAUUCUUGUUGCUGACGAUGACGACGACUAUGAAUACGACGAUGAUGCUACUGAUGAUGAGGAGAUGGAAGAGGAAGGUGGCCUCAAUGUCACUCUGAGCAGAGAGAUCGAGUACGAGCUCAUAGAGAAUUGUUUGCAACCCAAGCGCGCGUCCGAGAUCAAGGACUUGGUGCUACAAUACAUUCCACUAAUAAUCAUUGAGGACCAGGGUCAAUUGAUCGAACUGUUCAAAUUGGCCUCAAGAAUAGGAGAUAUGGACCUGGUGGUCAAACUAUAUGGUAUGAUCGAUCACAAAAAGUCAGGGUUCUCAGUCUAUGAUGGACUUGCCCAAGCAUUGCUCGGUGACACUAUCAAUGUAGUCAACUUCAUUCUCAGCAACGCCACAAACGUAUCAACACGAUACACUGUCAAUGAUAUAAGUGCCAGUCUGUUGUCAAUUGGACUGAUUGAGCGAUUGAUGGCACAUCGUCCUCAGGUUGUGUGUGACCUGUCCCUCGUGCUGACCCAAGCCAUCACUGUUGGAAACAAAGUUGUGAUCAAGUAUAUGAUGGACAACGAGCAUGGCGUUUUCAAGAAUGAUUAUCACAUUGCAUUUGCACGAGCGAUCAAGGUUGGCGACAUGGACAGUGCCAGAUGGAUCAUGGAGCUUUCCGACCUCGACAUUGACCACUAUAUAUCAAUGAUCAGACCUGGAUUGAACAAUCAGAUUGUAAAGAUCGAUAGCCAACUGACGGAGGAUGACAUUAUUGAGUGUGCCAGUGUGCUAUACUCAGACACAGAGGAUCACUCAGACCUUUACACUCUUUUGAUCUCAGCGGCCAAGAGAUCACACUCACUCCUCGCUACAGUGAUCGAUGAAUUCUUCUCAGAGUUGAGAUUGUUGAAGAUGUCAAACAAACAGUAUAUGAGCCCAAUGGAAGAGUGCAUCAAACGUGGCGAUACACAGUCGAUUGAUUAUCUGGUUCGCAUUUGUACAGAAUAUGGCCGUCAUUUGCCACAUGAGAUACUGCCAGUGGAGAUGACCGACCCAGCGAUGAUGGAGUAUAUCUUGGACAAAGGAUACAUCAAGGUCAGUAACAAGACAAACAACUAUCUUGAACUUGUUGUUGACUGGGCAUUGUGUUGGAAGCUGCCAAGAAUAAUCACUAUCAAGUGA